GACAUCAUUACUGAAAGAGUCCCUCAGCAUUGCGCAUGACGCGCGUCUCUCAUCCUCCGCGAGGUGAUUUCAUCUCUCCGACUCCCACCUUGUACACUUAUCUUUCUUCCUACACCAAAGAUGCCUUAAAUUGCUUAAAGACUAACACAUUUCUGUCCAAUGUGGUCAUAUAACUUGGCAGCAAAAGCUGGAUUGCCAUCCUUAAAUCCUCUGAGUCUUCCUAUCAGUUUGAACCAUGUUUAGAUGUGGAACGGAUGGUAAGAUGAGGACAUUUAUUCGACAGCUACAAACAGAGUACAACAAGGAACGACCUUCAGAGGAGUCGACUUUUUAAAGGAAUCUCCGUCAGGGCGCAUUCUCUGAAAGUUAACCGUCAAGUAUUCUAAAGACUUUUAAAACAAUAGCAUUUGUGAGAGUGUAUUUGGUAUGUAGGCAGUUUUGUCGUUUUCACGCGCCAUACUGAACAGAGAGCGCAGCGUGCUGUUGCUAUGGUUACUUUUACAGGCUGGAUGCAACUUUUAUUUCGCGCGCUAAUGUGUGGUUUCAGAAACGUAGUUAGAAAAGGUUUUCGAAACACAUAAUAUAUAUGUAAAAAAAAACAUACGUUGAAGAUUUAUAAUACUGAUUAUUUUGAAGACUUUUAAGGGGGCUUCAAUAUGUAAUUAGGAAGGUCAGACCUUCCAAAGCUGCCAUUAUUCGCAUCCUGCGGUACAGGUUGUAUAAGUUCAAUUGUAAAUGCUGGGCAGCCCUGAGCGCAGCACGAUGGGGAGUCGGUGGGGAGACUGUCCUCCCCGAGCUCUCUCUCACAGGAGAAUCUAGACGCUCCAUGAUCUCUCAGCAUGCCUACCUGGACGAACCAGUCCAACUGUUCCUUCAACUGCAGUUGGGAUGAGAACGCGACAUACUGGGGAUUUGAGCACCCGGUCAACAUUUUCCCCGUUCCAGUGCUAACCGGGGUCACCGUCACCUGCGCGCUCUUCUUCUUUGUAGGUGUAACGGGGAAUCUCAUGACCAUUUUGGUGGUGACCAAAUACAAGGACAUGCGAACCACCACCAACUUGUACCUGUCCAGCAUGGCCUUUUCGGAUUUACUCAUUUUUCUCUGCAUGCCUCUGGACUUGUACAGAAUCUGGAGAUACCGACCUUGGAAUUUCGGCAACGUACUUUGUAAACUCUUUCAGUUUGUGAGCGAGUGUUGCACGUACUCGACCAUUCUGAACAUCACUGCUCUCAGUGUGGAGAGAUACUUUGCUAUUUGUUUUCCUCUUAGGGCAAAGGUAGUCGUGACCAAGGGUCGCGUGCGCGGGGUCAUUUUGGUCCUCUGGAUAGUAUCCUUCUUUAGUGCAGGACCUGUGUUUGUGCUCGUCGGGGUUGAGCAUGAAAACGGGACAAACUCGUGGGAUACAAACGAAUGCAGAGCGACGGAAUAUGCCAUUAGGUCUGGGCUCUUAACCAUUAUGGUUUGGGUCUCCAGCAUCUUUUUCUUCUUGCCUGUGUUCUGCUUAACUGUAUUGUAUAGUCUCAUCGGGCGAAAGCUCUGGAAGAGAAAGAGGGAGACGAUUGGGGAAAACACUUCGAGUCGUGAUAAAAACAAUAGACAGACAGUGAAAAUGUUGGCUGUGGUGGUGUUUGCCUUCGUGCUCUGCUGGCUUCCCUUUCACGUUGGACGUUACCUGAUCUCCAAAUCCACAGAGAUGGGCUCUCCUGUCAUGUCCGUCAUCAGCCAUUACUGUAAUCUCAUCUCCUUUGUACUCUUUUACCUGAGUGCUGCAAUCAACCCUAUUCUGUACAACAUCAUGUCCAAGAAGUACAGGAUGGCAGCUUGCAAACUUUUCGGACUGCAUCAUAGCCCACGAAGAAGCACAUCAGUGGUCAAAGGAGAGAGUUCCCCGUGCUGGACAGAAUCCACUGCCAGCCUGUGACUCUGCCAGACUGACUUUACCAUUAACAGCCAUUUCAGACCUCAUCUACUGCUGCCACCAUUUCGUAAGGUAAUAGUUCCUCAAAAAUCCACAUGGAUCUCUCUUAAGGGAGUAGUUAAGAAAGAUUCAUUUCAGGAACAGCCAUUCGCCCAUUCCAAGCUCAACAUUUCAUUAGAUGCCUUGAUGUUUUAUAAAAAUAUGCUUGUAAAUAGAGACAUAAAAAGGAAGAAGAAAAAGAUAACUUCAGUUGCCUUAAAUCUAAAUGAAAUCUGGAAGACAAAAUUAGCACUGUAGAUACAGCAACCUUAUGUGCCCGACUACAGGGACUGCAAAGGUGAUGCCGUUCAUUUGCAUUGUGCCUGAAUGCAUAUCAUGCUCCUUUAGCAAGUGUUGUCACUUUCUUUAUGUGUGUGUUCAUAAGGCUUGGCUCCAGAAUUGAAGCAAUACACAGAAUUCAAAAGCUUCUGAGGAACGUUAAUUAAAAACAAAGAAACAUAAAAAUCAGAAUUGCAUUGGUGCAUUGAAGUACUCGGACAUCAUAAAAGCUUGCUUUUUUGUUCUCAGUGUUUCAUGUGCUAAAUGUAUAAACUACUGGUACUGAAUUACCCAGUUAUACAGAAGAGUUUUAUUUAAAACCACUGCAAUAAAUGUUGUGACAGUAUAUUUGUAUGUUACAUUCAGUAGUAUCUGUUGUGGAAACAUUGUCCUGUGUUCUAAAUGAUGUAAAGUAUAGAAACUUCCAUAUUUGUAUAUUGUAAAAUAUGUAAAUAUACCCAUGUUCCAUUGGA